CAGUUUUUGCUGUCUGCACUUUGCAAAUCUGUGAUUACUGUGUUUAUUCUUUCCAGCUGCACCGUUUGUGAAACAGAAUGAACCAAAACAAAAGUUCUUAUUCAAAGAUGAUGUCAGUGACAAAUUGUUAUUGUUUGUGAUACCUACCGAAGCGAUGUCGUCUUUUUUUUAAAUAAUUCUAGAAAUUAUAAAAAAGCGCCAUCUGUUGUCAAAAAUCUAUAUUAUUCUGAGCAGCGUUCACCAGCCAGGGCAGGUACAGUGAAAAUUCAAUUCCAGGCUCAAGCAGAGUAAUGUGGUAACUAACUGUACCGUUUGUGAAACGGAACGAACCAAAACAAAAGGUGAAAGUUCUUAUUUAGAUGCCGGAUUUUGCUUGACCGGUUAAGCUUAGCGGUGUAACACAAAAGAUACUACUAUACAUUUUUUCGUCGGAGCAUGCAAAAUGGACAAAUCAAGGUUUUCGAUGCUGUUACUAGAGCCCGGCGAAGUUUAUUUCGAAGAUUUCUCAUGUAGUAUGCAUUAUAAUGAAUGCUUAGAAGUGGGGAACCCUACACAUGGUCGACUGAAACUGUGCUCUAAAUCUAUUGUUUUUGAACCCAAGGACAUGCGACCUCCACUCAUAAAGUUACAAUUCAAGGAUUGUAUUGAUCUGACAGUGUUACACUUGAAUGGCAAGAACAACACUAUUAAAGUACGCACAAAACAAUACGCGGAAAUGCUCGAAGAGAACAUUCUGGCACCAUACAAAUUUGUGUAUGAAGAAAAAGAUUUUUACAUCUUUUUUGAUUUUGCUUCGGCUGAAGAGUGUUUGAGUCAAAUGCAGCAGCUGCAGAGAGCCUCAACUCUACAUGCGCCUGAGCAUAACAGCAUGGUGGCCACUAUUCUUCAUUCAAGAUACAUGAGAAUGGAGUUUGAUCCUGUCAUGAUGGAUGAUUUUACUGAGGAGAUAGUGUGUGAACUACAAGCUGAAAAAAUAUCACCCCUUGUCAGACAUCAGGGUAAACUGGCUCUCACUCCAACUACUAUCUAUUUUCAACCUUUUAGUAAUGUAGAAAGCAGUCCAAUUUUGAAGUUGAAACUGAAAUAUUUAAGGAGGAUUUACAAAAGAAGAUUUUUGCUAAGGCAAGUUGGUCUUGAAAUCUACAGUGCGGAAGAAAGCUCAGUGCCUCACAUGUACCUGACAUUUCAGCGUGAAUAUGACAGGGACAAAGUGUACAAUAUGUUGGAGAACUCUCCGGUUGUAAAUCUCGAAAGUGUUCAUGCUGAAGAGAUGACACUCCAGUGGCAGAAUGGUGUUGUGUCCAAUUACGAUUACCUGAUGUAUCUCAAUUGUCUCGGGGACAGAAGUAAAAACGACCUGACGCAGUAUCCCGUCUUUCCAUGGGUUGUAGCUGAUUACACAUCAGAAACUUUAGAUCUGAAUAAAUCUGAAACAUUCCGGGAUCUCUCAAAGCCGAUGGGAGCUCUCAACCCUGACAGGUUGGAGAAAUUAAUGGAAAGGUUCUAUGAAAUGAGUGAUCCGAGGUUUCUUUACGGAUCGCAUUAUUCCGCCCCGGGACUUGUUUUAUUUUAUUUAGUAAGAAAGUAUCCACAGUACAUGUUAUGUUUACAAAACGGAAGGUUCGACCAUCCAGACAGGAUGUUUAACUCCGUUAAAGAUGUUUAUAAUAACUGUUUGCGGAACAUGUCGGAUUUUAAAGAGUUAGUACCUGAAUUCUACGACACAGAGGCUAAAGGCGACUUCCUAAUAAAUAAAUACGAUAUAGACUUCGGUUACCGGUACGACGGUUCGAAGGUGGAUAACGUGGCCCUCCCGCCUUGGGCAUCUUCGCCUGAAGAUUUCGUCAACAAGCUCAGGGAGGCGUUGGAAUCAGAAUACGUAUCAAGACAUUUGCAUUUAUGGAUCGAUCUCAUAUUUGGUUAUAAGCAAAGAGGCGAGGAGGCUGUUAAAGCAAAUAAUGUUUUCCACCACGUGUGCUACGAAGGUGCAGUCAACCUCGAGUGCAUUUACGACAUGAACGACCGGCACGCUUUGGAAGUACAAAUUAUGGAGUUCGGCCAAGUGCCGAAGCAACUGUUCACCAAACCGCACGUGAAAAAAAUCUCGCAUCGUGUCGCAAGGCCAUUAUCACAAGAUACCAACGGAUGGACCUACAGUAUGGAGAAUGUAGAUGUGAUACGGCUUCAUAAGGAAGCUGUUACGUGUGUUGUACGUCAAGGGGAUAGAAUAGUGUCGGUGGGACGCGACGGGACUCUAAAAGUGUAUGAUACAGUGCAAAGGAAGCAGAUUAGGAGUGUUGUGUUAUCGUCUACCCCUUUGAGUUCGUGCGUGAUGAUAGAUGAUAACACUGUCGCUGUAGGAUCGUGGGAUAAUGAAAUAUAUUUAUACGAUAUGGAAUAUGGUAGAGUUGUAAUGAAUUUUCGAGCGCACGACGAUUCCGUUAGCUGCUUGUUGUGGUUACAAAAAGAACAGUUGUUGUUCUCGGGCGGAUCGGACGGCGUGGUCCGCGCUUGGGGCGAGGUCGGGAGGACCGGACGAGUCCUGCGCGGACUCGAGGCAGAGUUUGAUCAUGACGGCAAAAUCACAUGCAUCGCGUACAGACGCCGUCGGCACGAGCUGGAUAUCAUAACAGGCACUAGUGACGGGGAAGUGUUUAUAUGGAACUAUACAACUAAGGAACUAGUGAAUAAGCUGUCCAUCUAUCCGUCCGGGGUUACAGGAGUGUGUUUCGUACUAUCUGCAGAGAGAAUUGUGACGUCCAGUGAGGAGGGAGAUAUAACCGUAACUGAUCUCAGUGUGAUGCAUUCGGUGUACCACAAGCGGCUGCCGUGCGCGGCGCGGUCGCUGUGCGGGGACGGGCGCGCGGCGCUGUGGGUGGGCGGCGCGGGCGCGCUGCGGCUCUGGAACAUGCUCGCCGUCACGCAGGACAGCGAACUACACGUACACGAUGAGGCAAUAAACAGCAUUUACUUCGACGCGAGUUCAAAUACCUUAGUAACAGCGAGCGACGAUAAAACAAUAAAAAUAUGGAAGCUAACUAAGUGUUCCUGA